AUUAUUAUUUUUACUAUUUCAAGUAAUGGUGAAACAGCAAUCUUGAUUUUAGCAAGAGGAGGAUCGAAAGGAGUUAGAUUAAAAAAUCUUCAAACAGUUGGGAGAGUGACUUUACUCACUCGAGCUAUACAUUUGGCAAAAUUGACAGGAAUAGAAGACGUCACAGUCUCUACAGACCAUCCUGCUAUAGCUUUAGAAGCAAUAAAAAGUGGAGCAGCAGUUUUUCGCAGAAGUAAAGUUACAGCAUCUGAUCGGGCUCCAUCGAUUUGGGGAGCUGCCGAAUUUCUAUAUUCAAGAACCGAAAUCCACAUUCUAGCCUUGAUUCAGGCUACAUCACCAUUUACCCGCGCCAACUACUUACGGGCUGCAUUGGAGAAAAUUCGGCGUCCUAGAGCGUUUGACUGUGUAUUUUCAGUUACCAGGAGUCACAAACUACGCUGGAAAGAAAUAAAUGGCACUCUUUCUGCAAUAAAUUUUGACGUCUCUUCUAGACCUCGCAGGCAGGAUUGGAGUGGAGAAUUAUUAGAAACUGGCGCAUUUUAUAUAGCGAGACGACAAUUAAUUGAAACAGGACACUUUCAAAACGACAACUGUACAGUAUUUGAAAUACCAACAGAGGAUAGUUUGGAAGUGGAUUCCUAUUACGACCUUCGAGUUGCGGGCGUUCUACUUAAUUCUAACUUGAGAAAAAAUAGAGUGCAGAUUCUGCCACAAGGCGGACGAAACUCCUCUGCAUCUCCUCAAUCAAUGCUGCCCCUUGGUGGUCGUACGAAGGUUCAUACUGAAAAGGUACAGGCUACACUGUCGAAACCAGGAAGAUUCUUCGGUGUAGUGAUGAGUGACAUGGGUCUUGAAUGA